CCCAGCCUCUAUCUCAUGUCGUAUACACUACUGGUGAAGGUCGAAGGUCAUGUGACCGAAGAAGUCAGAGCGUCCUUUAACACGUUGUUCGGUGCGUCAGAUCGCUCGGUCUCUGCAGUCAUGCUGAAGUCCCUGGCGCGGAUCGUAAACGGCGGGGUUCGGCUCGCCACAGUCUCGGCGUCCCGGGUGCUGGCGCCAGCUGGCCGGUCAGAGUUAAAUCUCACGAAAUUAGCGACAGUACGACCUUUUACUCGCUCUCUGUGGAUGAUGAGCAAAAACGGAGGAGGACACAGGCCCGGCUUUCUCAACUCAAACCAGCACAUCCAGCCUGUUUCUUGUGGCUGCGGAGGACUUCACACGGAAGGAGACAAAGCUUUUGCAGAGUUUCUAUCGGAUGAGAUCAAAGAAGAGAAGAAGAUCCAAAAAAGCAAAUCGCUUCCUGCGAUGUCUGGAGGAUGGGAGGUGGAACUGAAUGGCACAGAAGCAAAGCUAAUUAGAAAAACAGGCGGAGAAACGGUAACUGUCACAUUUAACGUGAACAAUAGUAUCCCACCUAACUUUGAGGAAGAACCAGAGGAAGGACAGAAACCAUCUGAGAACGAGCCAGAAAUUGUUUCAACACCCAACUUUGUGGUUGAAGUAACGAAACAAGAUGCAAAGCAUUCAUUGGUAUUUGAUUGUCAUUAUCCUGAAGAUGAGACGGGACGUGGGGAAGAGGAGGAGGAUGGUGACAUCUUUGCCAUACGGGAAGUAAGCUUCCAGCCAGCUGGAGAUGAUGAUUGGAAGGAGACCAGCUAUACCCUUAACACAGAUUCCCUGGACUGGGCCCUCUAUGACCACCUGAUGGACUUCCUGGCCGAGCGGCGGGUGGAUAACACUUUUGCUGAGGAGCUCAUGGAGCUGAGCACUGCACUGGAGCACCAGGAAUACAUCAAGUUUCUGGAAGAUCUGAAAAGCUUCAUCAAGUGCCAGUAAGCUAUAGGCUGCUGUUCUGGAGCAUUCUAUAGUCACCCUGUUGAUGACCAUAUACUAAUAAAAAAAAAAAAAAUCCUG